AACUCAUCUGUCCAUCAUAAUUGCUCUCAAACUAUGUCACUGUUCCUGGUUCAAUGUCGCUUGACCCUUCAUCGCGAUUCCUAUCUAUACCUUAUUCCGCCUCCAGACUUUAUCAAUACUUCAGCCCUCAGCAUGUUUGCUCUCCCAGGAGGAUUUUCACCUGGUUCGGCGUAUGAACGGAGGAUGCGGAUGUCGAGAGCGAAGAGCAGUUCAGAGAUCGCUUGACUAACACUUGGCGCCAGAUGAUGUUCGUCUCUGGGGAAACUGCCGAACCCUCGGUUGAAACGACUACUCUCAUCGAGGAGAUUGUUCGCCAACAAGUUGUCGAAAUUCUUGCUAGAAGCACCGCUCUAGCAACCCGCCGCGGUGUGCGCUCUAUCUCCACCGAUGAUCUGAUCUUCUUGAUCCGUCACGAUAAGGCCAAGGUAUCUCGCCUGAAAACCUUCCUCUCAUGGAAGGACGUUCGGAAGAACGUCAAAGACUCGGACGACAAGGGCGGUGCCGAUGCGGCCGACUUCGCCGCCGCCGACGAUCCCAUCGCCGGAGGCGUCGUGGCUGGACCUCAGGACGUUGCGUCGAAGCCGAAGAACAAGCGGGCCCGUGUCGGUCUCGCUUGGGACGUGAACAGCUUCUAUUCCGUGCAGGUUCCCGAGCGCGAGGAUGAAGAAGACGAGGAAGAGGAAGAGCAGAACUACGCCACCCUGCAGCGCCUUGCCGCUGCCGACGAACGCACCAAGCACAUGACGAGGGAAGAAUAUGUGUUCUGGUCGGAAUGCCGUCAGGCGUCCUUCACUUACCGCAAAAGCAAGCGAUUCCGGGAGUGGGCCGGGUUCGGAAUCGUAACGGAGUCGAAACCUAACGAUGAUAUUGUCGACAUCCUCGGGUUCCUGACCUUCGAGAUAGUGCAAACACUGACCGAGGAGGCCCUCAAGGUCAAGGAACGGGAGGAUCGAGAGAAGAACCGUCGUGGCGGCGCAGAUAAUGGCGAGGAUUCCAAGAAACGUAAGCGCGAGACCGGACUCUUCGAUCCCCCCGAGGAGGGCCGUACUCCUGUCGAACCCAAGCAUAUUCGCGAAGCCUAUCGCAAACUACAGGCGACUCCCAAUAAGAACAUCGCCAUGCUGCUACACAACGGUCGUGUGCCGGCCCGGAUGCCAUUACGAUUGAUUUGAUGGGGUUAUUUUGUUAUACGGCGUCUAUUGGAGUCCAAGCUAGUGAUACCCUCAACAUGCACUCCUAAUUUUAGGACCAGCCCCUUUGCAUGAUCUGGUGCGAUAGCAUUGCCAUAAUUAAUUUGCUUUUGUUCUGCACCAAGACUUUUUUGCUUACGCCCCACAUAUCUGGAGUUUCUGCCAUUGGAGGAUGUAUCUUUCAUUUCGCAAAUUAAUACAAAUAUGAUACUAGUGACAUGCUACUUCGCACAUGUGUCAUUAGGGUCAUGAAAUCAUAGGUAAUCCACUCGUCCACGGCUUGCGUGGUUCAGCGAAUAACGAACAGCGAGAAUUUACUCGUUCGCGUGCGUACGGCGCCCUAUCAUUCCCGAUUAGUAUCGAUCUAAUGUUCAAUGACGAUAAGUGAGAGGAAAAGCAAAAGAACUUACACUCCUCCAGCUCCGCCCGCGACAGCUCGCGGAUGCUGUUGAUAGCCGGCACGUUCCCGGUGGCCACGC